GCCCAUCUCAAAAUGGCGGUGCACUCGAACACGAGCGGCCCGUCGCUCCUUCAACUGUCGGAUACAAAUAAAGCGGAGGGCGAAAGCCCAGCGCAGGAGCAGAUCUCCAGUCUCUGCAGUGCUUUGUUUUAUUUAUCUGCAAAGUGAAUUUGGAAUGGAAACGUGCGCAGAGGAACCCAAUUUUUCUUCAUGCUCAUUGCUUAUUUUUAGAUGAGACUUUGAAAAAAUUGUUCAUUUUAAAAUAUCAUUGUGUACAAUAAAUCAAGUUAAAGUAGAAUUGUCAAAUGCAGCCACAGAUGUUUAACAUUCCUUAUGUUGUGAUGCUGUUGCAAAGAGGCCUGCAUUUUUCAAUAUUAGGAUACUAGCAGCUGGAAAAUGAAAAUCGGGUCCAGAUGGAUUUAUAUGAUGAUUUGAUUGGUGAUAUAAUAGGAGUGCCUUUAAACAAUGAGGUAGAACCUAAAAAGGACAAUUUGGAGUGCACAUCAAAUAAUAUACUCGUCCCAAUUAAAGCUGACCCUUCUAAAAGUUGUGAUUCAGAAUAUAUUGAUGCACCACUUCAUAAAAAACUUAUGUUGAUUGGAAAUCUGACGUGGUGGACUACUGGUGAUGACUUACUAGCUGCGAUUCAUUCUGCUGGAAUAUCUAGUGUUGAUGAUAUGAAAUUUUAUGAAGUUGCAAAAGGUGGUCAGUCUAAGGGGUUUGCUAGUGUGACGUUGUCUUUGAAAAGUGAUAUACAAAGAUUGUUAAAGAUUCUUCCAAAAAAAGAAGUUCACGGAAGGUACCCAGAUGUCCGGCAUUUUACGAAAGCAAAUUACCAGUAUUUUGAAACCCAGUUCAUAAAUGCAAUGGAAAAAUCAAAGUUGCAUUCAGCACACUGUGAUAUUUUUGGUCGCAAUGGAAAUGACAACCAAUUUGUAUUUGAUCCUGCAGAAGAAGGAUAUCCAGACCCAAUUCCGUGGCGGAUCCAGCAGAAGUUUUCAACGUUUAUAAACCUUCGUUCGUUGACACAGGAUCCAACAGUCCCAGACAAAACCUUUCCACUUUUCCCGCAUCCACCAAUGAGACAAAUCACUUCAGUUGUUGAAACUAAACUCCACCAUGGUUCUACACCAUUUUCACCGAAUAAUUUGUUACAAAACUUAACUUCUUUGGCUGUACCACCUGUGAACAUAUCAGCUGCAAGUAUUCCAUCUCCAGUUCUUAAUGCAUUUCCCCAUUUUUUUUUCAAAUACUUAACUUCGUUGGGAAUACCACUUACAAACAUCCCGGCUCCACUUCUCAGUACAUUUCCAAGAUUUUUAUUACAAAGCUUACCUUCAUCGCCAGUAUCAACUGUGAAUGUUCCAAUUCCAGUUCUUAGUGGAUACGGACUAAGUCAGAUAUCGCAAGCUUGUUGUGUUAAUCCUGCGACAUUCAUAACACCAACAAUAACUGGUCUUUCCACCUUGGACAAUAAUAAGACUCCGCCUAUAUAUAAUACAUGUCAUAAGGAUUACAAGUUAUCAGGAAGGGAAACAGGUGUUCAAGAGACAUUGCAAAGCACAGAGGAGCCUAUUAAAGAACUUGAUAGCAAAGGAACAUUUUCAACCAUUGAUGAUGGGGACAAUGGUCUGUCCAGCAUCUGUGAUCAUAUAUACAAGAAAAAUGGAAGUAAAACCACAGUGCAUUCAGAUUAUGGGAAUCUACUGCAGCUUGUUUCUUUUGUUAAAAAGUCCAAAGCAAUUGCACCAGACAGCUUCAGGGAUUCAGUAAACUAUCCUCCAAAUCAACUUCACGAGGGAGAGGCCAGCCAAAGCAGCUUAGAAUUACGGGAGCGUAAAUACACUGGACAAAGAAAAAAUCGAAUAUCUAGAGAGAGAAGUGGAUAUCUGCGAGAUCGUUCCAGAAGUCCAGGUUCCUGUGAUAGUUAUCAAGAGAAAAGAAUGGAUUAUGAUCACAAAAGACAGCAAAGUAAUGAAAGAAGUUACUAUGAAAAUUCACCUUCAGUUGAUCAACAUUGGGACAGCCGUGGCCGUGGGAGGGACAGCCGUGGCCGUGAGAGGGACAGCCGUGGCCGUGAGAGGGACAGCCGUGGCCUUGAUAGGGACAGCCGUGGCCGUGAGAGGGACAGGUUUGACCGUGAGAGGGACAGGUUUGACCGUGAGAGGGACAGGUUUGACCGUGACAGAGACAGCUCUGAUCGUGAAAGGCAUUAUUUCUCCAAGAAGCGUCACUUUUGGGAUAGUGAUCCUCGGCAUGGUUACUCUGAAAAGAUUGAAAAAGGACACUGUUACAGUGAAGGAACAUAUUGUAAAAUAAAUCAAAAGAGGGACAGAGAAUACUAAUUUUGAUGGUAUGUGUUGAUUUUAUUGUCUUUAUUUGGACUUAAAACCUAUAUAUAGUAAAACAUUGAAUAUCUUGUAAGUAAUCUACAGUGAUGGAAGUGCACUCCUAACCUUCCACACAGAAUUCCAACAAAAUCUACUUUUGCAUACUGUGUAUAGGUGUGUAGCCAAAGCAAAUAAUGUUAAUGCUUUAAGAUGGAUUGUAUACUGUUGAUAAAUUGUUAGCCAUCACAUUUUCGAUUUGUCUGUCCUUUUAUUCAGGUUUUUAUGUCAUCCUUGCCAUCUUUUUAAGAGACUGGUGACUUAAGUACAGAAUCUCUACCAACAAGGUACGGGAUUCCCAUUAAAUUACAUCACUUAAGUACUGAAUUCUGCUUUAGAAUUUUGUCCCAUGAUGCUAUUCCCUUUAUUCUAAAAUAAUUAUAAAAUAGCCAGUUAUUUUCUUUUGAGAGGGGCAAAAUGAAUACUCAAAGACCUGGAAUUAAUAGCAAUGGCUUUUUUUUACUCUUUCAGAGUAAGUAGUAGUAGAAAAUUGUUUAAGACAUAGCAGUAUGUGGAAGUUACAACCAAGAAACAGCUCAGCUCCUUCCAAGUGGUUACAUUCUAUGCCCACUAGUCCUAAUCAUAUCUAUCUACCUGUUUCCAUAUUCGUUUUCCUUUACUCAUCUAUCAGUUCUGAUUUUAGAUGUUGGCAUAGUUUCUGCCUGGAUUGUUUAUUCUGCUCUGAGCACUCAUAUCUUGUAUUUAAUUUUCUGUCCCUAGGUCUAGGUCAGUUUACUAUUAAGAUGCAGAGUACUUCUACUGUCCCAUCCUACCAUAAUUUUAAAUAAUUCUAAAAUCCAUAACAUUCCGAUGAAAAAGCCCCAAUUUUCAAGUGUUGUGCUGCAUUUCUUCAUGCCAGGCAGGGUCCUGUUGAAUCUUUUUGUAUCCUUGUAAUUAUAUGGAACCCAAAAUUGCAUGUUAUAUUUGAAGUUUUGCUGAGGCUUUGUAUCAACCAUCCGUACUAUUUGGCUUGUAUGUUCUAUACUUUUUCUAAUAUCGUAAAAUUCCAAUAGCAAUUCUUAAUACCUUAUAAACUGUAGUGGAUGCCUUAAAUGUCCUUUAAUUGUGUGCACUUUUACUUUGCUCUUCAACAACAUUCAACUAAUUCUAUAUAGAACAUAAUUACUUUAUUUUUAUACCAAACUAUAUCACCAUAAACUUACUGACAUUAAAUUUUAACCUACGCUUGUGAGCUUCCUAUCUUCCCAGCAUUCCUUAUAGCUUUUUUGCAGUCUUUUAGGAAAUUGACUCAAUCAUCUAUAUUGAUACUUUCAAAUUAUCAUAUCGUUCCCUCUAAGUUCAUAUACAAAUUACUGAUAUACACUGUGAAUAGAAGUGUCUCUAGAACUCAAUAAUGCAGGAAAUCGGGACAGAUUUUCAACCUCUCUGUAAUCCUGCCCUUAACUCCUACCUUCUGUUUAGUUUCUUCUAAUCAAUUUUGAAUCAGUUUACUACGCUACUCCUUAAUCUUCUCAAAAAUCUGAGAUACCUUGCUGGAGACUUUCCUAAAGUUCACAAAAGCCAUACCUUUGUGUAUGCUAGCUAAUAGUCUUCCUGUUUGAUGUUGGCUUUUGAUGAGUUGCGUGUUGGAUGUUGUAACCUUGUGGAUAUGUGGAACACAAGACUAGCCUCCAAACAUUUGUAGUUGAAAUCAUUAACUCCAUAACGUAAUACUCUUUAUUUACAGUGAUGAUUCAGACUUGCUGAAGUGCAGAUAUUAUCAGUUAAUGAAUGUUUCUAUGACAGUAUACAUAGAGUGUCAUUUAUGUUCUGUAUGUUUGAUUUUAAGACGACAAAUUCAAGAAAAUUGAUCACAUCUCCGAAAAGAAUGCAAAAUAAUAAAGAAUAUUGACCCUUCAUUCCAGAUAAACCAUACCUUUAAAAGCACAAAGUGGCUUCAGGGAAAGUGCUAGGUAGUUUUAAAGUACGGUAAUAGUACAGAUUACCUCUGUCACUAGAAUUUGCCCCUUCCAGAGCAACUGUAUGUUAAACUGUUGAUCUUUUAACUGCAUAGCCUGCAAAUGUACUAAUCACUAUUGUUCUUUGUUGGUAAUUUUUUUCACAUUUAAAUGAAACAAACUAUCCAGUGCCUUAUGGAAUUUAGAAAUGUAUAAAGACAUCAUAGUGUCAUUUCUCUCAACUUGCUAUAUUUUGUUAGCAGAAUUUUUUGUGUUUUAUUGUUUGAAUUCUUAUUUAUGUAUUUCUUUUUACAUCUGCAGUACUUUUUUAUUGCAUCUUAGUAAAAUGACUGAAUCAACUUUAUGAUGUAUGGAAAAUGAUAUGUCUAUAACUUGCAAAAGAUUCAGCAAGGAUUAAUUUUAAUGUUUUAAAAUAUUAAGCACUAAGAAGAAGUACAUUGGCUAUGACCAAUCUUUUUAAGCUUUCGUGUUCACUUGUCAGUUACUUACUGUGUAUCAGGUGUUUGGUGAAAUGGUCUGAAACCAAACUGACAACGAAUAUCAGUCAUGUUGAUGACCAGCUUAUUAACUAAGUUAAGAUAUAUGAAUGAAAAUUAGGGUUGAUUUGUCUGCACUAAAGAUAUUCUCCAAUAAAUGAAAUUGGCAGCAUAUUUAAUGAAUGAAGAUACUAGCAAAAAAGCUGUACAAUAUUUGAGGUUGGUUUCAAGUUAGAGCACUGUUGCAUUGUUGGACCGGUUUCAUUUUAGCUGUCAUUAAGAAGUCGAACAGGAGCAUGUCCUUUAAGUCUUUCCUCACUGCUACUGUGGCAACAGUCAUUAUAAUCAUUUUGACUUGUUGCAUUUCAGAUUGCAGUGUGAGAAUAUGCAUGCGGCUUAUGUUUAUUUAGCCAACCAUCACAUCCACACAAUUAGCAAUGGGAAAGGUUGUAUACCCUACAUCUAUGUGACUAAAACUUUUAAUAAUUGUGAUUAAAGUUUAGAUGAAUUAA